AUGAAUAUAACUUCGCUUAAGAACAGUCUCAACGAUCACGUGAAGAGACCGAUGAAUGCAUUUAUGGUUUGGAGUCGCGGACAGAGACGUAAAAUUGCAUUAGAAAAUCCCAAAAUGCAUAAUUCAGAGAUCAGUAAACGAUUAGGAAAUGAAUGGAAAAAUUUGAGCGAUGUCGAGAAGAGACCGUUCAUUGAAGAGGCAAAACGUUUAAGAGCCAUGCAUAUGAAAGAACAUCCCGAUUAUAAAUACAAACCCCGUCGUAAACCUAAGCAUCUUAUGAAAAAAGACAGAUAUCCAUUUCCGAUGCCUUACAUUCAGGCGCCUAUGGAUUACCUGAAUUUUCAGGCGGCCGCCGCUUCUCUACCGCGAUCUUUAUUUCCACCGCUGACCCCAUCAUUAGGUUUGAAUCCAUUCAAUGAGGCGUACUUUCCGCCUAUCGACACUAGUAGAGCAGCUCCGGGACAUGAGUCAAAUAUAAUGGAUCACCCGAUGUUUGCAUCACAUCAUCACAACCAUCAAAUGUCCGGUGAAACCAAAUUAGGAUUAACGGGUGGUUUUGAUAUGAAAAGUCUACUGCUUUCGGGUCAUAAUCACUGUCAGAAUAAUACGAACCUCAAUUCACAGCAAUGUACGGCACCAUACAAUCUACUGGUGCCCUGUAGUUGUGCAAUGCAUAGUAACACUCCGACACCGGGAGCACUAGGCUUGCAAUCAUUGGCGUCAAUAGCACAGUCAUGCACUGGCACAUCAACAAUAUCAUCGACAUCUCAAUCUAAUAAUUUAAUCCGACCGGUGGUUAAACUACACACCAGCGCUGGUCAUCGACCAGAAAGCGAUCGCAAUAAAUGCAACAGUGAGUCGCCGUCACCCAUCGGGUUUCGGAUCAAUCAUUCAGCCGCUGCAUUGAGCAACCAUUCAUCGGCGUCUUCGAGUCCCUCAUCUCCAGUUCCCACACUCACUGCCUCGCAUUUGUUUGGACUUUAUUCUCAUUAUUUCACAAAUGCCAAUGGUGCAACCGAUGGGUGGACUCCAUCAAUGGUAACGCCUUAUCAUUACUUAUACACACGAGAGCUGAUGUUUAGAGUGCUCUUCAGUGAACAGUUAGCUGUCUGUCGACUAACACUUCAUGAGAUUGUUAUUUGA